AUGAGCAAAAUCAAGCGAUUUGCAACUGCUAUAAAUCCAUUCAUUUAUACCGUACCAGUUCUGUAUGGAUUUUUAAAAUGCUUUGAUUUUAUUAUUGGAGUAGACAGCACCCUUCAAAUAAUAUGGAACAAAGUCAGAGAAAAGUUGGGCGAUAACUUGGCAUACUACAAUAUUGGAGUCUUAUUCCUAUAUCCUUUUAUUUUCUAUCAUCUGGCAAUAUUAGUUUUCUACAUAAUUGUGAAAGUCAUGGAACGAGAUAAAAUCAAAAGCAUGAAGCUUCAAACAAAAGACAGUGAAAUUGAAACUCCAGAAAACACCAGAAAGGCGAUUAUAAACGUUCUGGAAAACUAUCUAGCUAUACUAGUCGUUAUGUUAGUGCAAUUUUAUUUUGAUAACGACUUUGCUAGAGCAAGACGUGAUCCUGUGUUACCAAGUUUCCUUGAAGUUAUGCGAGAUUUAAUCCUCAACAUGUUCAUCCAUGAAUUUGCUUUUUAUUAUGCUCAUCGAUUAUUCCACACAAAGUGGCUCUAUAAAUAUCAUAAGAAGCAUCAUGAGUUUAAAACACCGACAAUUUUAGCAGCACAGUAUGCAGGCUUGGCAGAUCAUAUUUUUGCUGCAUAUUUACCAGCAAGUAUUGGCAUCUACAUAUUAAGGAUGCAUAUAGGAACUGCACUUUUAUGGCUGUCGACUGUAAAUGUCACAGUCAUAAUUGGACAUAUGGGAUAUCAUUUACCAUUCUUCAUUGCUGGACAAUUCCAUGACUAUCAUCACUUGAAAUUUAAUGCUAACUACUCAAUGUAUGGACUUGCUGAUGUUUUGCAUGGGACUAUGAAGUACUCGGAAGUUAUCGAAAACUACGAAAAAACCAAUGAAUGGCUUCCUUAUCCCAUCAACAAAAAAGCUGAAUAA